AUGGCUGGUAUGGCCGGUCAGCCUGCUCUCAAGUACUACCCCGACAACAUCAAGGCUGCUGUCGGAUCCAUGGUUCAGUUCCAGUUCUGGGCUGGCAACCACACUGUCACCCAGUCCGACUUUGACCACCCCUGCACUCCCAUCUCCCAGGUCAACAGCUCCGUUACUGGCAUCUGGUCCAGCUUCAUGCCAGUUGCUGCCGGCGCCUCCAAGAAGGAGAUCCCCGUCUUCACCGUCAUGAUCAACGACACCAAGCCCAUCUGGAUUUUCUGCAGCCAGGCCAAGCACUGCUCCAGCGGAAUGUCCAUGGUUAUCAAUGAGAACACCUCUGCCAACUCUACCCGUUCUCUUACCAACUACAGAACCGCUGCUUCUACUGCUCAGGGUGGCUCUGGUUCCGGCUCUGGUGCCCCUGCCGGCUCUCCUCCCAGCUACGGUAGCCCCAGCCCCAGCUCUGGCUCUGGAUCAGGUAGCGAUGCUAGCGCUCCUCCUGCUGCUGCUCCUACCGAUGCUGGCUCUGCUCCUGCCGCUCCCCCUGCUUCUGCUCCUACCGAUGUCGUUGCUCCUCCUCCUUCCGUCACAACCGGUGCCUCUUCACCCUCUGGCACUGGUGUUCUUCCCGGUGGCGCCACAGACACUGGCAUCCCCAAGAGCGCUGCCUCAUCUGUCGGCGUUUCCAGCAGCCUGCUGCUGGCUCUGGCUGCUGCCUUUGCUUUGCUAUAA